AUGCCAUCUUUAUUAAUAGAUGCACCUACUACUGAGCAGCCAACAACAUAUAUUUCUGACGCCAGUUCAACUGAUACCAUGACAACGUCAUCUAAGUCAUCAGCUCGUUCCAAUCCUCCGAGUGAAGUGUCGAGCAGUGAUGAUGAUGAUUCCUCUGGAACAUUUGUUAUCAUAGCUGUUGUGGUACCUGUAGUAUUGUUGAUAGUCUUGGUUGUCGUUGUAUGGUGGUUGUGUAAACGCAAGAAGAGAAAUAUGUAAGCUUUUAAAAAUUUUAAUAAUUUUAUUAUCAUGCAAUGUGUGACGUAAUAUCAACAAAGGUAAAUUAAAGAAAUUAAAGUUUUGAUGUUUCUUUCAAUUGGAACAACGAAAAGCUUCGCUUAGUUAUCAAUGAGGACGAAAUAAAUAGAGAGUCUAAUUCCAUUUGAGUUUUUCUUGAUAUUUAUUACAACAGGCAAGGAAAUUCAAGUCAUGGAAGUUCCGGCAAAAACAAUGGUAUGCACAAACUAUGUAAUUGUUUAAAUUAACUCAGCAGUGAGUUCUGUACAACAUCAGAUCACUUUAAGGUAACUCACAUUCAAGAACAUGUACUACCUCUGCAUGAUCUAUAAACCAUGCUUAACUCAGCAGUGAGUUCUGUACAGCAUUAGAUCACUUUAAGGUAGCUCACAUUCAAGAACAUGUACUACCUCUGCAUGAUCUACAGGUAUAAACCAUGCUUAACUCAGCAGUAAGUUCUGUACAACAUCAGAUCACUUUAAGGUAACUCACAUUCAAGAACAUGUACUACCUCUGCAUGAUCUACAGGUAUAAACCAUGCUUAACUCAGCAGUAAGUUCUGUACAACAUCAGAUCACUUUAAGGUAACUCACAUUCAAGAACAUGUACUACCUCUGCAUGAUCUACAGGUAUAAACCAUGCUUAACUCAGCAGUGAGUUCUGUACAACAUCAGAUCACUUUAAGGUAACUCACAUUCAAGAACAUGUACUACCUCUGCAUGAUCUACAGGUAUAAACCAUGCUUAACUCAGCAGUGAGUUCUGUACAACAUCAGAUCACUUUAAGGUAACUCAAAUUCAAGAACAUGUACUACCUCUGCAUGAUCUAACCAUGCUUAACUCAGCAGUGAGUUCUCUGCAUGAUCUAACCAUGCUUAACUCAGCAGUGAGUUCUGUACAACAUCACAUCACUUUAUUAAGAUACCCCACGUUCAAAAACAUGUACUACCUCACAUGAUCUAACCAUGAAAGGUCCAUACACACCGAGCGCAAUUCGACAACCGGACGACGCGAAUUUUCAGUUUUUGAAAGUUAAUAAAACAGCCAAUGAGAGCAAAUUUUAAAAGAUAUGUAUACCAAAUAACUCAAAAUGUUGUAACGCUUCUAAAUAUUUGGAAAAUUUAAACUAGGAUCAAAGUUAUCGGUCAGUGAAAAUCGAAAAAUCGCGUCGCGUUGUCGAAUCGCGUCCGGUGUGUCUGGACCUUAACUCAGCAGUGAGUUCUGUACAACAUAGCAUCACUUAAAGAUAGCCCACAGUAAUGAGCAUUUAGGGACACCAUAUAUAUAUAGGCAACACAUGCGUAUCAGUAAGUUAGUACAACUGAGGUUUUCUGAACAAUGUGUCUUAUGUAGGUACUGCAGGCCUGAAGCAGUUCAGACACACAGACAGUAAUCUACGAGGGCCAGAUGCUUAUGCAGAUGGACAAAUCGGGGACACAAACGAAACGUUUGGAACUGAUUCUCAAGUAAAUCCUGGAUAUGCAACGCCUGAUUUCAAAAAAAGAGAAAUCAAUCCCGUUAAUUCUUAUCCCGAGCCUGGGUAUGAAACUCCUGAUGUCAAAAAGAAAGAGGUGAAUGUCGCCACUGCAGAUUCUGCCUAUUCAAUGCCAGAUAAAAAUACAAGUGAAAAUAAUGCUGAUAUCGAACGGGUUGAUGUUAACGGAGAUCUGUAUGCUCUGCCGAAUAAAAAUAAAAAUACUAAAAAGGUAAAAAUGUUUAUUAAUGUAAAGAGAUGAAUGCUUAAAAGUGAUACAACAGCAUCAGAAAUUAUUUAAUCUAAACUAAACUAAGCUGGGCUAUUAAAUUCAGUACUUUUGAAAUUGUGAUAUUUGCUGUGUUGGUGUAAUGUACUCAGGAUAAGAUGCUUGUGUGAUAUGUUACUCUGAGUGUAUAUCCACACCGGGCAGGCUUGAAAAAUCAACUUGUUAACAACUUGUUACGUGCAGGCGAUAUCAGCUGGAAAGCUUGUUGGAACAACUUAACUUGCUGCGAGUCUGUUGGCCUCAUCAACCUUAUUACAAGAUGAUAACAACUUGUUCCAGACUCGUCAACAACUGGAAACAAGCAGUGCGAACACAUCUUGUUGACAAGCUACAGUAUGAGAUUUUUACGCGUGUACACACGUAAAAACGCACAAGUUGUAACAAGCCUGCAGCGGACGUGUAGCAAUGCUGUUCCAACAACUUGUCAACAGGAUGUGUUCGCACUGCUUGUUCCCAGCUUGUUGACAAAUUGCCAACGGCUUGUUGACAACUUGCUACAAGGUUGUUGAGCUCAACAUACUUGUAACAAGUUGUUCCAACAAUUUGUUAUCUUAUCGUCCUGCAAAUCACCACUUUGCCAACAAGUUGUGAGUGACAACCUUGUAGCAACUUGAUAAAAUGACAGCAUUGUUACAACUUGUUGACAAGCUUGCUACAAGCCGCCUGUUGCGAACACAUCUUGUUGACAAGUUGUGAGAUUUUUACGUGUGUAGCUUUAUCCACUAACGGCUAAUGUGCCAUGAUUGACACAAACUAUAUACUUUUAUAUAAGUGACGUAUUUUCAAUCUACAGAUUAAUGGUUUAAACUACAUGGAUCCUUCACGGUUGGUUUCUGGCAGUCAAGACGGAAAUGAAAGCCAGGAUCAAUCUAGCCAACCUACUGAAUACGCGGAAGUUGUGGGAGUCAUGAAGCCAGCGCCGAAAAAAACGAAAACGAAAAAAUGA